CUAUUUUUAAUAAUAAUGGUCUGGGUUUCUUACUCAGGUUCUGCUGUGGACUGGUGGGCUCUUGGAGUUUGCCUGUUUGAGUUUCUAACUGGAAUUCCCCCUUUUAAUGAUGAAACACCAGCACAAGUCUUCCAGAAUAUUUUGAAAAGAGAUAUUCCCUGGCCAGAGGGUGAAGAAAAGCUGUCUGACAAUGCCCAAAAUGCAAUAGAUAUUCUUCUAACCUUUGACAGUGCUAAGAGAGCUGGACUGAAGGAACUGAAGCAUCACCCCCUCUUUGAUGGUGUAGACUGGGAUAAUCUACAGAAUCAGCCUAUGCCUUUCAUACCACAGCCAGAUGAUGAAACUGAUACCUCUUACUUUGAAGCAAGGAAUAAUGCGCAGCACCUGACUGUGUCUGGAUUUAGCCUAUAGCAUCAAGAUGAACUCUCCAUGUUUUUUUGCACAGCUGCAGGUUGUUCUACAACACUAAUAAGAUUCUUUGCCAGAUUUAACAUGUUUUAAGUUCCCAGUCUGCUUUUAUUAUUGCAUCCUUUACUGUGAGGUGAAACUACUGUAUGAAAUUUAGCUGCGUUCAUGCUACUCUUAUUUCACGUACUGCACCUUACUGGAGCCAGUGUGUUGUAUUUCUUAAAGGAGGUAACACUUGCCAUGGCAAAAAAUAAAAGCAAAAAAAAACAGGUCUUAGUAUCAAUGAGCAAAUUGAGCUAGGAUGUUGGAAGUUAGUUAUUUUAUAGUUAAACAUAAUAGGGAAAGGGUGAAAGUCCAUGCUCGCUGUACAUAGAGGUGGUUCAGUGUACUGAUUGUCUUGUUUCAGAAUAAUCCUUUCUGACCAUUGUGCAAAACUGAUGUUUCCAUUCACAGUGGAAAACAGAAAUCUUAAUGCAGCAUUAAAACAAUGUAAUGCUGUUCAUCUUAAGGUUUAAGACAGUGGUUUCCCAAAUUAACUCGGCUGUGUAUGGCCUGUUAAUGUAGGAAAGAUUGACCGUAAUUCUGGUAGACCAUUGGUGCAGGGAUGUAUACUUGGAUCAGUUCUGCUAGACAUGUGGUGUUUGAAUUGUUGCAUUGGAAGCACUCACAGUGUGAGGAGACCAACCAGGUGCCUGCAUCAUAGUGGUUACUGCUUCUAAAUAGAAAAUGUUGGGUGUUUGUGCUCAGCCAUGUCGGAUUUCAACGGUAAAACUUUCAGUGGUAGAAAGUAGAAUACACCUGAGUGCUGGCUAAUGCAGGAGGUAUUAUAUGCACUGAAACUGCUAUGUACUAAAAACUACAAUGUAUUGCAAAGAAACAGUUGUUUUGUAAAUUCACAGCCAGAUUUUAGAGUUUGGAAUUUGUUACAAAUGUAAUUCAGUAUUACGUGUUCUAAUUAUGGGGAAAGUAUAUUUAAAUGUAUUUUAAAACUGCAAGACAGCUUGCAUUUGCUAGAUCUUAAAGGUUUACUUGUGGGUAAUUGUUUAAAUUAUCUUUUUUAGUAUUUUUUUCUUGCAUAGCUAUGAUAUCCUCAGCCAACUUGCUGCAGAUUUUUAUUUCAGGUUUGUGCUGAGCUAAAUGUCACUUGUGCUAGACAGUGGCGCCAGCUAGUGGCCAUAUCCUGAAGCUGAGCACUUUGCUGAUGGGUCAUGCUAAGGAACUAAGCUGUCCCUUCACUGCCCUGCUCCCAUGUCCCAGGCAUGAGUCUUAGCAAUGCAGUUCUGAGAGAACACUUUGCUAAGCCUUGUGCUUUCCUUCCAGGUAGCUUAGAAAAGGUAUGCUAGGAGGAAGGAAGGUUCUGAAAGGACAGAAGGGCUGAUUCUUACUAACUCAGAACAUCUGUCCCUGUUAGAGCUGGUACAUUUCAUAGUGGAAUAGAAUCUUGGGAAGCUGCAAGAUACGCAGUGACUCUCAUUCUGUUUGCCACAGACUUCAGUUUCUGAAGACUUCUAAACUGUUGAUUGUUAUGGAAAGCAAUGUUACAUGAGCAGUGUGCAAGGAAUUAAAUGUGAUGUUAUUGAAUUCAGUUCCAUAGACAACAUUAUUUGAGCAUGAUCAGAAGUUCUUUACCAUACUAAUUCAAUAAAAAUGCAAAUUUUUACUCUGUGCACUUUGGAAAAUGAAAUUAAAACAAAAAACACUCACUAUACAAUUCUUUUUUCUUUUUUUGCACUCUUGUUUAAGAGAACUGAUCUUACAAGAAUGAAUAUCAGUUUCAUGCUAAGAAAGCUAUUCUAUAAAAGUGUGUUCAGAAAUGAUGCAAAUAAAACACUGCAGCUGUUGUGUACAGUA